AGCGAGAGGGAGCGAGGUGGAGUCAGUAGGAGUAAAAGAGCACUCCGGCGAGAGAGACAGACAGCGAGACUCCCUAAUCCUCCCGGACGCCGAAGAGGCGGACUCGAUUAAUAGCCGCGCUCGCGAGAGAAACAACGUCCGCAGCUCGAGAUGACUUCCGCGGUGCUCUGAGUAGGACGUCUGAAACGGUGCAGUUCGAUGGACGAUCGUGCGCACCUGAAGAUCACGGCAUUGGCUCUCUGCAAAUCUCCGAGUGACGUGGUCAGUUCGGAUAGUUAAGCGGUCAUGUAAACAUCCCAUCGUGACCUGGUGCCGUCGUGUGUCGUCCAUCCGUUAGUGUAAAUUUUCCAGUGAAUUUCGGCAGGAAUCAGAAAUUUUUUCUCAGAAUGAGACCAAGCACGAUCGUUCUGUUGAUGCUGCUGUGCGCCCAGUUUCUCACGUCGGAAUCGAAGCUCCGGCAGCAAGCGGCCGUCGACGAUGACGAUGACGACGACGAUGACUGGGAUGACGAUGACGAAGACGACGAUGACGACGGGAGUUAUCAGUCGAGGCCCGAGGUCGACGACGACGGACGAAUCUAUAAGAAUCCACGGAACUCACCCUCCGCCCAGUGCCCGAGAGACGAGGAGCAGGCGGAACUGAUGGGUCAAAAGUGUCUGCGAAAAUGUUCCACCGACGAGGACUGCAAGAGCAAGAAGAAGAAGUGCAGAUGCGACGGAACCUGCGGAAUGUCAUGUAUCAAGCCUGAGCGCGAGUGCCCGGUGUUGACCGAGAUUGAUCACGGCGCGAUGACGAUCAAUGGAAGAUUCUUCGGUGAUAAAGCCCAUUAUGCUUGCGACAGCGACUACUUCAUAGUCGGUCUGUCCGAAAGAACCUGUCGCGCCGACGGUCACUGGUCUGGCACCACUCCGUCUUGCAAGAAGGAUUCCACCUCUUUCUGCUCCCAGCUGCCGAAGAUCCAAAAUGCGCAUCACAAUGCUCUGCCGGAGCAGACGACUUUCGAUCUUGACACAGAGGUGCUGUAUACCUGUACUCUCGGAUACGUAGCUGCGUCGGGGUCGAAAAGAGCGAAAUGUCUAAAGAUGGAAGAUGUUGCUAGUUGGUUCGGACCGGAUAUCACUUGCAAGCCUCAAACCUGUAAACAACCCCCGGGCAUUUCCAAUGGCUGGCAUUCUGGGGAGUGUUAUACAUAUGAUUGUCGCGUAUCGUAUCAUUGCUCGGAUGGUUACGAAUUAGUUGGGAAAGUGGAGAAAUUGUGCCUGGCGGAUGGCACAUGGAUCCCGAAGGAGUUGCCACAAUGCGUUCAUGUCACGUCCGUGCAAUGUCCGAAGCCAGAAAAUCCAGUCAACGGCAAGGCUGUCUACACCUCCUACGCGUAUAAUUCCAUCGUAUCGUAUGAAUGCAAGUACGGCUACACCGUCGUAGGCGCAGCAACCAGACGUUGCGGUGCUGACAGAAAGUGGACUGGAAAGACGCCUACUUGCCAGGAAAUCAAUUGCGGUUUACCUGGCGUGUUAUAUAACGGUUGGAUCGAAAACAUUGAAGCUGGCACAGGUAUGGGCGCUAGCAUAAUCUUCCGCUGUAAGGAUCGUAUGAAACUGGAGGGCAAUACUUCUUCCGUCUGUCAGAAAGAUGGCAAAUGGCGUUAUCCUUUGCCGCAAUGUUUAGCUCCGUGCGUUGUCCCGCAGAUCGAGAACGGUCACGUAACCGUAGCCAGCCACGAGAAAAGUCAGAUCAACAAUGUCACGGUGGUAGAUCACGGCCAGCGACUUCUGGUCAGCUGUAUUACGAAUUACGAGUUUGCCGCCAACAGCACCCCGGUCUUAUGUAAUAACGGUACUUGGUCAAUAGUACCGAGUUGCUCGCCGGCUCGUUGCAAGCAGAUGCCGAAACCUCCGAAGAACGGGAUGGUGAUAGCGCCCAAGACCGAUCACGGCAUGAAGGCGGUUUUCAAAUGCAAAGACGGCUUCGAGUUAAUCGGCGGAGGACCGUUGAACCUCUCCAAGUCCGUGGAAUGCCGCUACGGCAACUGGAUCGGCGACAUACCGCGUUGCGAUCAAGUGUUCUGUCCAUUUCCUGGUUUCAUCGAAAACGGUAAAGUUUUCUUGGUUGGAAAUAUGGGAGUUUACGAUUACAGGCCGUACGUGAAGAAGAUCGUCAAUAACAAGCAGAUUAUGUACGAUUGCGACAAGGGUUACGUUCUCGACGACGGGCCAACCGGUGCGACUUGUAUAGGCGGCGCGUGGAGCCCCAAGGAAUUGCCCAAGUGCAUUCUUGGACAGCAUCCUAGGCUCCGAUGGAGCAGACGGCGUAGAUCAAUGGAGGAUGACAGUGUUACUUUGGAUUACAAAAAAUUCAUCGAAUUUUUCCACAAAGUAGGCAAGAAGCUUCUACAUAUAGAAAUGAACAGGAGUCGCGAGCACGGCAAGCAUAAAGCGGAGGCGAAGCUAGCAUCCGCUGUUAACCAUCAGAACAACACCAAUGCAUCCGAUUCAUCGGCUUGGAAAUCACACGCAGUUCACGGCAAUAAAUCCCGUUUGCGAGAGGAGAGAAUGAUCGACUUUCUCAAGAUGGUGUACAGAAAGCUGCAACGUAUGGACGCCAAACAGCCAAAUAAUUCCAGCAACAAUACCAUGCACGAUCUGCUGAACGCGAUGAGCAAAAAUUUCUUUCAUGUUGAUCUUGCGGAAUCGCGACGAAACAACAGCAGAGCCCGUUCGGAUUUCGAGAUACGCAAUCAGCGAGAAUUUAUCAAGUUAAAGAGAGAAUUCGAGCGAAUUAUGAGGUUCUAUAACAAAUCUAUACGCUGGAACGAGAAGCAGAAUCGGAAGGACGCGAAGAGGAAAGGUUUGUCGCACGCCGAGAAGCGGAAGGACAAAAAGAAGCAUAGAAAGAAUUAUUACAAGGGCUUCUACGAGUUCGUAAACAGUUAUGUAACCGAGAAACUAUCGAUGCUAGAAGCGCGCAACGCGACCGAGGAAUUAAUUAAGAAGAUGAACAUCGACAAGUUCACCGUGAGGAAUGGCACAACUUUCACGAUCGGCGAGAUGUACGCGUUUUUCAAACAUAUCAUAGAAAAUAAAUUGAACUCGACGGAGGAGAGCGUCACCGUCGAAUCCAGUACGGUACUGGCGCCGAAGAAGGUCGAGUCAUACGAUAAUCAAUCAUCGACAAUCCCGACUAACGACGUCUCCGUGCUGGACAAUGAGAUUCCGGCCAAAGAAGGAGCGCCCAAGCAUCGCAGCAAGCGGAUACGAAACGCCUCGGAAGACGCUGGCGCUCCGCGUCAAAAGAGGAAGCUUCUGUCUGUGAAACCGGCCGACAUGGAUCAAAAGAAUUUGAAGAAGUUCGUUAGCGACGCCAAAUCAAAACAGUUCACCUUCGACGAGCUACAGGCGCAACAGCAGAGCCGUUCGAAACGGUUUUUGCCGCCUUCGGAGCUGGAUAAUCAAAUAUUCCUCAAGAACUUGUAUCUCAACACUUACGAGGACGAGUAUCGGGCGAACGUGAAGCGAUCUAUUGGUCAGAUAAACCGCACAGUUGGUUUUUCUUCGAGGAGGCGCAAGGGAAACCUCGGCCCAUACGAGAUCAAGUGAGGAAAUAAUGUGUUGUGAUAUUAACGGAAUUUACUAAGUUAUUUACCGAUAUCAAUCGAUUUUAGGCGAGUAUACACUAUAUAUAUAUGAUAGUUAUAAUCGUUGUCCCUCGUCGAUACGCACUGUAACGUGUAUCGCGCUUUUUUGAAAAAUAAAUCUUUUCCAUGCAAA